CCAUCUCAUCUGAUAAAAAAAGAGGAAGAAAAAAACUGGCGGACUGAGAGGGAGGAUGGCGGCGGCUCUUGUACUCAACCGCACAUUCCUCCACAAAAUUCCAUCGCUGGCAGUUUCUCCUUCGCAGCUGGGGACCGGCAUCGAAGAUCCCGUGAUCUACAAGUCUUUGCCCUGUCGUGCAUCGAUUCAUGCGAAGGGAGUUCGAAGUUGGAGGGCUCGUCGUCCGGCAACUCCACUGGCAGCGAGGGCGGAUGAUUCCUCGGCGCCAUCGGAGAUGUCAGUAGAGAACGCGCUUAAAGUUCUCGGGUUGCGGGAAGGAGCGUCCUUUGAUGAAAUCCUUCGCGCUAAGUGCGCCAUCGUUGCUUCCUGCAAGGACGAUCAGGAAGCGAUUGCCCAGGCUGAGGCUGCCUAUGAUAUGUUGCUUAUGCAAAGCUUAAAUCAGCGUAGAUCUGGGAAAGUUGCCAACAGCAACAUUCGUUAUGCUGACGUUAAACCAGUUGGAAAUCCAGGAGCUGGAGCCUUGCCACAGUGGCUGACAUCAACGGUCAAGAAUGUACCUAUUUCAAUUGAAUUUCCAUCGACAGGCACUUUAGGCAUACAAGCAGGGGUUUAUGGUGCCCUAAUGGUCUUCACGUUUGUUAGUGGAGCCUCCAGUAACUCAGCUGGGGCAUACAGUGGGGCUGAUGUUCCUGGGUUGAUAUUAGCUACUAGUUUUGGAGCCUCAAUCUACUUUUUGAGGACGAAGAGCAUCAACUUAGGAAAGGCAACUUUGAUGACUGCAGGCGGUCUUGCGGUCGGUGCAGUGGUGGGAUCAGCAGUUGAAAAUUGGUUACAAGUUGACAUUGUCCCAUUUCUUGGCAUCCAUUCUCCUGCUGUCAUCAUAAGUGAAUUUAUCCUUUUCUCCCAGUUGUUGGUGUCUCUUUAUCUGAGGUAGGCCUGGAACCUGAACCAAAAUUCUACUUUCUGUAAUUGUCAACACAUUCAAGCAUUUUUAGUUUUGUUUAGCUGCUUGGAAUGUAUAUGAUGCCGUAUUAUGUACAGUAAUUAAUCUAAUCACAGCUUUUACAUUUAA